AUGCCCAACAACUCGUCAAUCACGGCUGCAUCUCCGGCGGGAGGAACCCGUGCUAGCCAUGCCCGCGCCAACAGCACACAAGGCGAGCCCCUCACCGCGGGCGUGAAAAGGGAGAGGGCCGCUGACGCUACUACUGCCUCGCCCGCUCAGUCGCCAAGCGCCUCGCAGCAGUCGACUCCUGCCCCGUCCUACGGCCACGGCAAUGGACCCGAGUCCAAAAAGCGCAAGUCGGCGGCUCCGGGCUCCCGGGGUGUUGCGAACCUGACGCCCGAGCAGCUCGCCAAGAAGCGUGCAAACGACCGUGAAGCGCAGCGCGCUAUAAGGGAGCGGACUAAGAUGACAAUAGAGAACCUCGAGAACCGCAUCAGGGAGUUGACUAGCCAGCAACCCUAUCAGGAGCUCCAGGCCGCCUUGAGGGCCAAGGAGGCUGUCGAGGCGGAGAAUGCAGAUAUCAAGAGGCGUCUGGCCUCUGUCAUUUCCAUGCUUCAGCCCUUGAUCAACUCGUCUCAAACCGAGCAGCAACCGGUCCUACCUUCUCCCGGUCAUUCCUACCUCAAUGUGUCCGCAGCGACAGACCCAGCGCACAGCGCUGGCCACAACAACGCGUCGACGCCGUCGAGCGCUGCGUCGCCAAGCCAGGACCCCUACGCAGCACAGUGGAACUCCGGGGCCUCCACCGGUAGCGGGCCCGUGACAGCACAGGCCCAGGCGUACAAGUCCCAGCUCAACCAGCAGCGUCAUGACCUGGCACACGGCUUGGAGUUCGGCACGGAACGUCUGGGUCUGGACUUUCUGCUCGAUCAGUCCCAGCGCGCAAGAGGCAUCCACAACGUGACAAACGGGACGGCACAUGAGUCCCCUGCGUUCCGUCAGCAUGCCCCAGCCACGACCUCCUCUCAUCCUAACUCACCCUACGCGCACUCUGGCGGCCGCGCCGCAGACUAUGUCACCGCCCCAAGAAGUGGCGGCAUGGACAGCAAUAUCGACCCGGCCUUGCAGGGCGCCAUCGACCCGGCCCUGUCCAACUACUCCACACCGAUCAAAAACUGCCCGCCCACCUGCCCUCUGGACAGUCUCCUCCUGGACUUCCUCCACGAGCGCCGUCAACGCGCCGCCGAGGGCCUGCCUACCCAGGAGAUUAUUGGCCCGCGCUACCCCAGCGUCUCGUCGCUGCUCAACCCCUUGAAGGAUUCUCACCCGCUCUCCAAAGUCUUCAUCGACAUUCUACAGACGUUCCCGGACAUCUCGCAGCUCCCGGAGCGCGUGGCGGUGCUGUAUGUCAUGUUUCUGCUGAUGCGGUGGCAAAUCCACCCGUCGCAAGAGAACUAUGAGCGACUGCCCGAGUUCGUGCGGCCGCUCACCGGCCAGCUGUACACACCUCACCCGGCCUGGCUUGACUCGCUGCCGUUCCCGGCCAUGCGGGAGCGACUCAUCACCGACUAUGCGCCGCCAGAGACAUUCCCAUUUGAGCACUUUUUUAUCCCCUUCACCACCACGUUGAGCCUCAACUGGCCCUACGAGGACACCGACACUCUCCUGCAGAGCCCAGAGAGCGACGAGCUCAUGAUCAACCCCGUCUUCGAGAGGCACCUGCGCCGCCUUGAGAACUGGACCCUCGGCGAUGCAUUCGCCCGCGCAUUCCCCAUGCUGGAGGGCACGUACAACCUCAAGGUUGACGGGCCGGGCGGCGGCCGUCCCCGUGGCGGGCGGAACAGCUCAGAAGGGAGGUAG